CACCGUCCGACGAAAGGUCCAACGUCUCGGAUGGAUCCGAUGAGAUCCCAGCCUCCGUGAAAAAGCCCGCCGAUAUCAACGAAGGCACCGAGGAUGAGGAGGAUGAAGAAGAGGACGAUGACGAGGAUGCGUGCGUACCCUCCUACUAUCCACCCAGUACUGGGAAAGCGCAUUCUAAUGCUGUCGCAUAACAGCUACGAAGUUGAAGCAAUUCAUGGGCAUGAACAAAGAAAGGGAGAAAUUGUCUACAACGUGAAAUGGAAGGGUUACGAUGAGAGCGAGAAUACCCUGGAACCAGAACGUCAUAUUCGCCAAGGCGCUGAGGCUGUACUGCAGGCGUACUGGGACCUGAUCGGUGGGAAACCUGAGCCAGCGACGAAAGGGAAGAGAAAGCGACAGCCAACCGGCACGCCAGCCGCCGCAGAGUCGAGUGGGCGGGGCCGUGGACGGAAGCGAAGUCGAGUGGGCGGCGAGUCGGACUCGGCAACGCCGGAGGUUAAACAUGUCAUCCGGGGGAAAAAGGCGUGGGAGCCGCCGAAGGGAAGCUGGGAGAAGGAAAUCGUUUCCAUCGACACACUAGAAGAACAGCGGAAUACAAAGAAUGGCGAAAACCAGGUGUAUGGUUUCGUGGUCUGGAACAAUGGUCAGAAGUCCAAGUAUCUGCUUGAGACCCUGAAGGGGAAGUGCCCGCAAAAGCUGAUAGAAUACUUCGAGCAACAUCUGGUGUUCCGCCAUAACGGGGCCAACGAAGGGAACGAUGCGACGCAGACCAAUGGCAGCGAGAAGGUGGAUGAUGGGGGUGCGAGUGAGGACGAGGGAUCGUGAGGGCACCUAGGAAUCUGGAGGAUGUUUCGAUGGACGGUACUUUCGGCAUAUCUUAUUUUCUUCUCUCAGAUGGAGUUGGACAGUGUCAAGGGUAUAGGCAGCGCAAUGUUUCGGGUGCUUUGACCGAGGACUCGAUCAAACCAUUGCCCCUGGUGUCAGAGUAACCUCAACUCAAUAUCCUUCCAAAAGACUGCUGUAGAAAUGCCCACUCCACAGUGGGUGGCGAUUAGCUGAUUCAAUGCACGAUUGAGAAUUAAUUGAGAAUUGCUGGUCGCAAUAUGGAAAUGUGGAAGUCUGGUGCUGUACAUUAUUAUUGGACUUGUCUUCUAGUCUCUGUGCCCUAAU